UUAUUUUAUUUUUUUUUGGUUUGUUUGAGUGAAUUUCGGUAAUUUGAUGAUCCUCUUCGAAUUAGAGUUUUGAAUAUUCAAGAGCAAUUUGAUUAUUGCCGGAAACUGUGUCAAUUGAUAUGUGAAAGUGAAGCUGGUGGCAUAGAGGAUUGAAAAAUAACACAAUUAUAAUAACAAAUUCUAACUAUCAGUACAACAGAAAACCAUAAAAACGUAGUCGUGUGUGUGAAUUUAUUUUAAAAUGGAUGAGAUCGAAGCAAAGGGAGGUUUGCGAAAUCCACGUAGAUGCUCAUUUCGAAUGCCCUGCAGUCGCAUCGUGCUCAUAUCGACCGUAGUCUUGAUCACACUUCUGCUUUCGCUUAUCUAUCAUGGCAUUGUACUGGAGAGAAUGGAUCCCCUCAGCCAUAUAAUGACACUUGAUGAUGAACACGCCCAGCCUGUAGAGCCCAUAGAUGAGGAUCUUGUGGGGAAUAUAAAUAAUCUGCCACCCGUGCGUAUUCAACUGCUUGACACUACUCCCCUGCUGGGGCCAACAACCCAUCUGGAUAUCGAUAAUACCCCUCUGGGCAACGACAAUGAGGAACAAAAAGUGCAUCUGAAACACUUGCGCCUCAUGUUUCGACUACAGAAGCGAUUGCGUCGUCAGCGCCGUCACCUGCCGGAUCUACUCGAUCCCGUUCAGCUUGAGGCCAAUCUGCAACAGCUCUACCCGCGCCUGCGCAGCAAAAGGACCAAGGAGGCCCUUUAUAAGCUCGAAAGCGAGUACGCUCGCUGCAAGAAAGAGACGCAGCAUGCCGACGGCUGUCUGUCUGUCUUCAUGCGCAUGUACAACAUGACCAAGGAGAUCAUCGAGAAAAUGGAGAAGAUGAAGGCCAUCAUGCAGGAGCAUCGGCCGGAACUCGGCUCAAGUAGCAUGGAAUCAAAGGAGUUUGAGCCCUAUGCGCCGACUCGAAACGUCACUCCGAAAUCCACGCCAGCAACUGAGGAACCACUCGACCUAACCACGCCUAUCGUGCCAGCCAAUGUGACGGCCAAUGGCACGACUGUAAAGCCCGUAAGAGAGAAAAUAAAACCGGUAAUUAUCAGUUGGAUUAUCGACGGGCACGGUCAUGACGAGAAUGAGGCGUACGAGGAGAAUACGCCGAAGAUGGUCACAACCACCGAAGUUUCGCAGAGCACUUCCAUAACGGACUCUACAAACUCAACGAUGACCACAUCUGCAAUCGGAAAUACUCCAACGACAACUUCCAAGUCCGCUUCUAAUGUGGAAACAACAACCACGUUCACUUCAACAACAACAAAAACAACAACAACAACAACAGCAGCGGUUGACAAAGCAACUAGAGCGGCUAAUACGACGACGACUUUGUUGCCCAGCACCACCCAAACAACCACCACUGCAGCCUUACCCCUAGAAUCCACAUCUGAGAAUAUCACCAAAACUAUCUCAACCACUGAGGAUUUAACCGCCGAGUCCACAUCUGACUACAUCAGUGUUAUAUUGGAUGACUUUGUAGGACCCAAACACAUAUUGCCCGUAACAGAGGGAACCAUUACUACUCCAGCGCUUAAAUCGGAUAGUCUCGUGAAGCAGAAAACUACGAAAAUUCCAAAUACAACGACCAUCACCACAGAUGCGCCGGAAAUGCUCUCCACGACGCCACAGAAUGCGACACAUUCGCGAAAACUGCAAUUCGAUUGGAUCAUUGACAGCGAAAUCGAAGACACAGAUUCCAAAAACAGCACCACACAAGCAGUCGUCUCUACAACCACCACCACAAGAAUGCCACUUACAACGACCGCCAGCGCUGCAACCGUCCGUCCCACUAACCCAAAGCCAUUGAAAAUCAGUUGGAUUAUCGAUAGCGGUGGCAGCAGCUCUGAGUUUAGCAGCACCUACAAACCCAGGACCACCGUCGCCUCAUCGACUCAAAGUCCAGAGCGGGAUGUGCAUCCACUGGAUAACCCCAGUAGUGUGGAGAACAUGCUGGACAGCUUUGAGCGGCAUGAGGCCCAGAAGCCUCUCCUAAAGGCUCAAAACAACGCAACGACUACAACUGCGCCGAAAACUAGCAGCGAUGUCUACGAUCGCCAGCACUGGCUGGAACAGUUCAAGCAGCAGGCAGCGCCAGCCCAGACCCAGGACGAGCUUAUUGAUACGUUUGGCAGCGGACUGGAUGCCAAAAGUCUGGACAAUAUGGGGCCCAAAAUAAAUCCAGCAAACAUAAAUUUAUUGAAUGCGGCCGAUGCCGAAUUUUUGACAGUAUGCGAGCGCAUGGCCAAGAAAAUGCGCAACAAGAUGGGUGUGAGUGGCGAAACUGGUGGUGCCAGUAAUCCAAGCAACCCAGUAGUUGCACCCGUGCCAGAAGGGGAAACGGAAACCUUUACAUCUUCGCCCAACGUGCAGUUCACUAGCCGGGGACCAGGCGGGUUUCCCGUGUCCGGCGAAACAAUGAAGGCCUCGGCACAGUUCAUGUUUAAUCCCAACUUUGGCAUGCCCAGCAUUCCUGUUUGCUUCUACAUGACGCCUGCCAAUUUCCGCAUGCCCAUGUGGUCGCCUUCGUAUUAUGGCAUGCAGGGUGGGCAGUUCGGUGGCAUGAAUGGAGGCGGCGCAAUGCCAAUGGGCGGGCCUGGUGGCAUAUUCUUUGUGCCCAAUCAAUUUGGCACCACUGCCAAUUUCUUUGCGGGCCCCAGCGGAGGCACUGCAGCAGCGGCGCAGAAUAAUAUGCCAAAUAUAUUCUCUAAGAAUGCCUCCCCUCAAAAACUGGGCAGUCAGCAGCAACAGCAAGUCUACUGCACCUACAUGCAGAAUCAACGAGGACAGCAGCCAAAUGUGCCGCCCAAUCCAGCGACAGGCAACCAACUGGGCCUCAACCCGGGAGGUUUCUCAAAUGCCAACUUCAAGAUGCGCCAUGCCAACCAGACAGCGUCGACCCAGGGCCAGAUUAUCUAUGCCUCGUAUAUGGGUCUGCCCACACUUCCAGCUGACCGACCCAAGUGUGCGCAGCCCGAUCAGGUGUCCUGCUACGGCAGCCAGGAGUGCAUAAGCUCCGAGCGUUUCUGCGACAAUGUCGUCGACUGUUCAGAUGGCAGUGAUGAGUCCGCCUGCACCUGUGCCGAUCGCUUGGACGAAGAACGCCUGUGUGAUGGCUAUGCCGAUUGUCCCAUGGGUGAGGAUGAGUUGGGCUGCUUCGGCUGCGAGCAAUUCGCGAUUUCCUGCUACGAUCGACCGCAGGACUAUGAGCGACACAAUCGUUCCACACUGUCCAUGUGCUACAGCCAAUUGGAACGUUGUGACGGAUUUGUCAACUGUCUUAAUGGACGUGACGAACAAGAGUGCAGCAUGCUGGUCACAGACGUUACACAUCCCAUGGCUCACUCCGUUUCUGCGACGGAAGGAUACCUUUAUCGCAACCAUCGCGGCGAAUGGUAUCCUGUUUGUAAUAAUGGGGCCAAGUGGGCGGCAUCUGCCUGCGACUUCGAGGACACUCAGUCCAGCUCCAAGGCAGCACCAAAUAUCACAUUUCAGCCUUUGACGUUGCCAGGACCUUUCAUCGAGCCCUCCCUGCAUUCGGGCAUGCACUUUGCCCAGGCUUGUCAUGGACGCAAUAGCGAGGAUAGUCUUGUGAAUCAAGUGGCCUAUGUGAAGUGCGCGCCUGCCGUCUGUGGCGUGCCCAGCAAACCGAGGCAGAGUCUGCACUCAAAACGGGCGCGUCGAGCGGCCAUUGCAGCCGAACUAAGUGAGAAGUCGGAUCCAGAGGUUGGCACAAGUCGCAUCGUAGGUGGCAGCUACACAGAUGCACUGCAGUGGCCCUUCGUGGUGGCCAUCUACAGAGAUGGCAAGUUCCAUUGCGGUGGCACCAUCUACAACGAACGCUGGAUUAUUAGUGCGGCUCACUGUGUCAUCAAUUUUGCCAAAUACUAUUAUGAGGUGCGCGCAGGACUCCUGCGACGUACAAGCUACUCACUUGCCACUCAAAUCGUGCCCAUCUCCCAUAUAGUCUUCCAUCAGGCCUAUGAGCGACGCAGUAUGCGGAAUGAUCUGUCCUUGCUCCGUCUGGCAAUGCCGCUUCAGUUCAAUCGUUGGGUGAAGCCCAUUUGUCUGCCCGACAAGGGUCGCACCACAAUUGGUGAUGACUGGAUUUGGGGACCUGAGGAGCACACGCUAUGCACUGUCGUUGGUUGGGGAGCCAUACGAGAGAAGGGUCCGAGUAGCGAAUCCUUGCGACAAGUCACGGUGCCAAUACGCAAACGCUGCACAGACCCCGAGGAUCAAGCUGCUGAAGAUAUAUGCGCAGGCGAUCCAAAUGGGGGACGCGAUGCCUGCCAAGGCGAUUCGGGUGGACCGCUCUUUUGUCGCAGCGUCACAAAUUCAGAUGAAUGGUAUCUGGCCGGCGUUGUGAGUCACGGUAAUGGCUGUGCUCGUCCCAAAGAAUUUGGAGUCUAUACCCGCGUAGCCCUUUACUUGGACUGGCUAGAGAUGGCCACAACACAAGAUCUGCUGCCGUCGCGCCAGCCCCGCCAAAUGUGUCCGGGAUUCUUGUGUGUCUGGGGUGGCAAACGUUGUAUAGCCGAACGAUUGCGUUGCGAUCGUGCGGUCGACUGUCUGGGCGGUGAAGAUGAGGUAGGCUGUACCUACAACUUUAUACCGGACAUGGUGGGCAGUCAACACAAUGUCAGCAGCACCACAGAAAGUGAUUAUCAUCCUGAGCCGGAGCAGCAACAGCAGAACCAACAGGAUGGGCAGGCCGAUGGCGAUGAAGAGAGUACCACACCCUUGGAUGAAGCUACCACACAAGAGUCGGACUUGGAUAGUUUCUCAGCAGCUGAGAGUGUUACGGUGACGACUACAAUUGAUGGAAGCACCAGCAGCAGCAGCCUAAUUACUGAUGAAUUCAACGUGGAGGACAGCACUUGGACCAAUGAGCUUAGUACCUCUAUUACAUCUGAGCCCACAAGCCUACCCACCACAACGGAAACUUUCACAACCCUGCCUACAACAGUACCAACAACCACAAUACCAACAACAUGGCCCACAACAAUCGCACAAACCACAUGGCCUCCCACCUCGACGGAGGAUUUUAUGAAGCUGGCCGAUUUGGCUACCCAAGUCUUUGAGGAAGCAACGCGAACCUCUAAAGAAGCCGAGGCGACGACAUUGCCUUCAACGCCAAUUACAACCGAAGCUCCAAACAACUCGAGCAGCACAGUGCCAGCAACAACAAUAACAACAACUUCCACAACCCCAAAAACAACAACCGCAGCGACCACAACAACAGAAAGCAGCAGCACAUCUACCCCCAUCACCACGUCAACACCCAAGAUUACAGCAGUAACAUCAUCAUACGACAGCCAACAGACGACAACAAAGAGCGUGAAACUUUCGCCCAAGACCGCGCCGCCCAAUAAAUUUGUUUGUCAAAAAAUGUCCCAAAUUGUGGAGUUGCAGCAUCGCUGCGACAAAAAAGUGGACUGCGAGGAUGGCACAGAUGAAUUGGACUGUAGCUGCCGUGACUAUUUGAAGGGCUCCUUGAGUGUGCUAAUAUGCGAUGGCAAGGCUGAUUGCGAGGACCUAACGGAUGAAUUGGAAUGCGGCUCUUGCGAAGAGAACGAGUUCCUCUGUCCGCUAUCCAAAACAUGUUUGCCUUUGACUAAACGCUGCGACAAUUUCGCCGAUUGUAGAUUCAAGGAGGACGAAAAGGAUUGUUUUGCGCUCACCAAUGGCCAUGACAUUCACUUCGAAGCCCACAAACAGCCAAAAUUUAGCAGCACCGGCAUCUUCUCACGAAACGCUCACGGUCAGUGGCGUGUGGUCUGUGCCCAUGAGACGGGCUUCCACACACAUGGAGCUGCCACAGCCGAUGCGGUAUGCGCACUGCUCGGCUUCAAGGGCGCCCGCUACCACAACAGCACCGAGUUUGUGGCGCAGCGGUCGAUGAUGCCCAUUACCCCAGAGCUGGCACGUAAAUCACGACUGGGCUCACAACUGCGGGCUCUUGUGCGUGACAAUGUGCAAUUUACUAGUAACGAGGACCUCUUCCCACUGCAUCCGCACUCGCAACAGCAUCUGGCGCACAUCGAGGGCGAGAAAUGUUUGGGAAUUUAUGUAGAGUGCAAUCCUCAGGCGAACAAGACUACGCCCUUAAAGACACUCAGCGCUGGACAGGCCAUCAAGCACUCAACGGCACAGAAUCUGCCAGUUAUGCAGCCCACCAUUGAGACACACAACACGCCCAAUGUCCACUUCAAGCCGCAACUACCAGCACAGCUGCUGAACAAGAAAGACGAGAUCCUUGACCGUUUGGACAAGCUGAUCAAGAGCAAGAAGAAUCAAACUGUGCUGGUGAAUGAACAGCUUCACGAGGCCAUCGAAGAGCUACAUUGGCCUUGGCUGGCGGAUGUGUAUGCCAAUGGGAACCUCUGGUGCCUAGGGGUGCUGAUGGACAGGCGUUGGCUGCUGGUGCAUGAGAGCUGCAUGAUUGGAGUGAGAUUUGAGAAGCACUAUAUAAGCGUAUUGCUGGGCGGUGGAAAGACCAAACGAACACUCCAUCGAAGUACACACGAGCAAGUACGACGCGUGGACUGCUAUGAGGCAGUUCCCGAUACGGAUGUCCUACUCCUACACCUGGCAGAGUCGGCGCGAUUCACACACCAUGUGCUGCCCACCUUCCUGCCAGAUAUCUCCAGCAAGAAUUCAACACGCGACUGCAUCAGCGUCCUGCAUGAUGAACAGACGGGUCGAAUCAAAACUGUGGCCAUUGCAGCCGCUUCAAAUGACACGAAAUGCCAGAAAACAGAAUCUAUAUCCUGCUAUCAACUGCAGGAGAAGCAACCACCCGUCCAUUUAAUGCGUCUGCUCAAUGUCAGUGCCGAGGAUAUGGCCUCUAUAUCUGAGGAGGUGGAGCUCAUCAAUGGCAUAGCGCCCACGGAACUGCCCGCCCUCACAAAGUUUACCAGCUGCUCACAAUUCGGGCAGAAGAAUGCAAACGACUCAUUAGGACGACCCGUCGAUCAGGGUAUCCUGGUUUGUCGCGAUCCCCAUACGGGCUGGUAUCCAACAGCGCUCUUCAGCUACAACAACAGCGAUUGCCAGAGUUUCAAAGCGCCAUUCGGCAUACGGACAUUGGAGCUGGCCUACAAGAAAAUUCAACAUAUUAUAGACCAACCGCACUGUGCGAGUGUGAAAAGCACUCCAUCGUGCAACACCCAUCGUUGUCCACUCGGACUCUGUCUGUCGCAUGCCGCGCUGUGCGAUGGGAAGAGUGACUGCCACGAUGGCAGUGACGAGGAUGAGCAGAUGUGUCGGGCGUUGAAAAAAACCUGCGCUCCUGGCGAGAUGAAAUGCCGAUCCAGUCGCAAAUGUGUGCCCAAGGAAAAGUUUUGCGACCAUAUACCCGACUGUGCGGACAUGACUGACGAGCCCACAAUAUGCAGCUGUUUUACCUAUUUGCAAGCCACCGAUCCCUCUAAAAUAUGUGAUGGCAAGCGCAACUGCUGGGACAAGAGCGACGAGAGUUCUGUGCUUUGUAACUGCACUUCGGAACACUUUCAAUGCAGCUCUUCACCGGAAGACUGCAUUCCACGCGACUUUGUGUGCGACAAGGAGCCUGAUUGCCCAAAUGGCGAGGAUGAGCGUUACUGUUUUGGCAUAGAGCAUCCGUUAGAUAUGGAAAAGAAGGACUUCUGGGCGCCCAACCAGCACAAACACAAGGAAACGGCUCCCCAAUACGGACAGGUCAUUGAGCAAUCUUAUGGCAUUUGGCACACAAAAUGUUUCCCAAAGAGUACACCGCCUGGCAUUAAAGAAGUGCGUGCGAUAUGCGCCAAGCUUGGAUAUAAUCCGUAUCGCCAGCCCAGCUAUCGACUUAUAGACGAUGGGGCUAAUAAGGCAGUGGAAACUUACGAAUGGGCCGACCAACGUGGUCGCAGCUUCAGCAACGAUACGCUGGUGGGAAAAUAUCGUGAGUCCACCAAGGCAAAGAUAGUCAGCAAAUUCUCGCCUCUGCAGCUGAACGACCAGCUUACGCUCUUCCUAAAGCCGAGUCGACCCAUAGCCGAGUUGGUCAAGUGGAAUGCCACCGACUCAAGUCGUUGCUUUAGGCUGGAGAUCCGAUGUGCCUGAGGAGGAACGUGUGAUGUGCUCGUGAUUUUCCUUUGUACGUUUUAGUAGAAAAUAAAUACGAGAUAAAACUGCAA